AUGACAGCAAGCAGCGCUAUCACGCUCGAGCAAGCCCUGGAAUGGCUUGAAAAUCAGCGAAUCACGCUCGAUCGUGAACCGUUUGAGGUGAUUCGGUACGGCGAAUGGCUGCUGGAGCACAACCAGCUUCACAAGCUCGGUAAUGAUGUGUGGGCCUUCCUGGAGCAGCUAGGCCUUGCCGCAGCGGAGCUGGGGAAAUUGGAUUUGGCGGAGCUCUGCCAAGCGCGUCUGAAGGCCCGCUUCACGGACUCGUCGCGUGUGCAAUUGUUGCAGGGUGUGAUCCUUGAGGCCAAGGGCAAGACGGAGGAGGCGAAACAGCUUUAUGAGGAGCUCAUUAAGAAAGAGCCGUCGAAUAUCCUCGCAAACAAGCGCCGUCUAGCAUGCUUCAGGGCGAUGCCCAACGGCCUCGCUAUGGCCACAGAAGGCUUGGCUGAACUGGUGGAUAUGUUCCCAGCGGACCAAGAGGCAUGGCUGGAACUUGCGUCCUUGUACCUGCAACAGUAUAAGUAUGCACAGGCUGCGUACGCGUUAGAAGAGCUUGUGCUCUUGGCCCCCCACAACAGUUUCUACCUUCUGAAGUACGCCGAGACACUGUACACGUCGGGCGAAGUCGCCAAGGCGUACAAGAUCUACCUGCGCAUUUUGGAACUCGGCGAGGGGAACAUGUCGCGCGAGAACUACAACAACAAGACGGAUCGUGUGCGCGGCCCUUGGGUACGCACGUUGUGGGGAAUUAAGAUGUGCACAUCGCGUCUGAUGAACGCACCGGCCCCGCCAAAAGGCGCUGACACCCAAAUCACCGCGAGCAACGUGGACAAGAUUGACACACUGGUCACAAAACUCCUCCUCGACUCGGUCUAUGCACCGGAUGUGGACCCACCAGCUCCUUCCAGUAGUCGCGCCGCGGCGCGAGCUGUGCUCGCUCCCUCCUCGGCGUAA